ACUCUACCAAAAAACAAUUCUUAAAAAAAAAAAAAAAAAAAAAAAAACCUCAAAGAGAACCCCAUAUUUCGCUGUUCGCGCAGUUGCGCAGGUGGGAAUUAUAAGACUGAGAAACAUAACGAGAGGGAAAAUGGAGCGCUUUCUUGUGCGGAGGAAACCACCAACUACCGCAGUGCAGAGACUGCCGACAACCCACCGAAAGAAAAGAGAAAAAAACCGUGCGCCCCGACAGGCACAUGUGUCUAAUUUGUGAAUGGCAUGAUGUCGGCUGAGAAUUGGACAUUUGAAAAUGUGAAAGCUGUUAUUUUAUCAGCUCAUAAGAAUACAACAUCAAGCAAUAAAAUCGCCUUCUACGACAACUGGGCAGAAAACUAUGAUCAGGAUGUGGCUAUUCUGGACUUCCGUGCUCCGCGUCUAGCAGUGAAGAGUAUCGACUCUCAUUUCGCUGGUGACCGUGAAGCAGCUGUGGUGUUGGAUGUGGCCUGUGGUACCGGACAGGUCGCCAAGCUGAUGAAAAGACAUGGAUUUCGACAUUUCGUGGGCAUUGAUGGAAGCAGGGGUAUGAUGGAACUGGCUAAAAAGACAGAGCUCUACCAGGACCUCAAGCAGUGCAUGCUGGGAGAGGAGCCACUACCUGUCCAAUGGGGGUCAUUUGAUGUGGUUAUGAUCAUCGGAGCACUGAGUAUUGGUCACGUUCCUGUCAGUGUAGUCAGAGAACUGUGCAAGGCCACCAAACCAGGUGGCUACAUUUGCAUGGCAACAAGAAGUAACUAUGACCAUUUGGAAUACAAAGCAGCCUUGGAGUGUGAGCUGAAGCGAAUGGAGGAAGAGGGGCUCUGGGUUUGUGUAGAUAAAACUGAGGUGGAGGAUUGGGAGAAAGCGGUGUCAGAGAAGGAGGAGGGGUACAUAUCUGGUUGUCUCUAUGUCUACAAGACACCGGCACCAUAGCACAAUGCAGAAAAGUGUAGAGGUGACAUCCCAACAAAUACACAUUGGCUGGUGGUAAGGCAAGAUCAUCUAGUUAUAUGACACAUAAUUAAAAUACAGUGCAUGUGUCAGUUCACUGAUAGUGAAAGAACAUCAUUUAAUACCUGAGUCUUGUUAAACUUAAUCACCAAAUGAAUUUCGUUUUGGGGAUUGAUAAAGCUAUAUUGAAUCUUAUCAUGGUAUAUAAUAAAUACAAAUCAGCACAUCAAACAUAUCAAAAAUCUACCCAGUAAAAUAACAAAGUUGUACCUAUGUAUGUACGUUUCUUUGUUUUUUUUUAAUAUGAUAUCAGCCUCUGCUGUUAGCUUGCAGUUGAGUUGGCAGGAGGGGCAAGUCUGUGUCUGUCAGGGAGCCAGACAGAUGAAAUCACAUUCAUAAAAACAACGAAUUAAUUAGGUCUAUGUAGCACUGUGGGACUGUACAGAGUUGGUCGUAUCAGCCUAAAGCCAAACGGCUCCCCAACUUUAGAAGCUUGUGUUUUGAGUUUGCUGUUGUACCGUAAGGAAUGUCUGAGCCAAACCUUUAAGCCAAACUAUCCUGUUUAAAGAUGAUCAUGAUUGAUCAUGUUUUUGUGUGACUGUUUUGAUAAAAUCAUUUAUGUACCAUUUUAUUCUGCACUCUUUAAACCUCUGCAGUUUUACCGUUGA